AUGAACUCUUAUGAUGUGAAAGGAUUCGAUUUUACUAGGGAUGACGGAUUAGUCACAGUAAGAGUUAAGCAGAAGGAAUCAAAUUAAGUGCCAAAUUAAGUGUCGAAUAAAGUGCCUGAACCAAUUCAAAAACAAAUAAAUGUCUAAUUGAUAAAGUCGAAAUACAGAUGUCUUAAGUCUGAUAUUUAAAGUCUUAAGACUCUAUUGAAGAGGUCUUAUAAUUUAAGAGAAUUUAAAGAAUUUUACAGAGUUUAUGGACCGAAGCUAAUAGAAAUAGAUUUUGGACUUAUUGAAUUAUUUAAUGUGAAAGGAGAAAACUAGUUUUCAAUUAAUGAGAUUGAAAAAUUUUAAUAUGGCUUGCACUUCAUUAGAUGGGGAAUAUUGUUUACCAUCGCACAUCUCUAAGGAUAUAAGGAUGGUUCACAAUUAAAGGACUAAAUAAUAGGAUUGCAGUAUUAUAACAUGCUUGUGAAGGAGAGAGUAUUCACUUUAAGAACCUUGCGAUAUUAUAAGAAUGAUAUUGAAAGAAAAAAGUUUCCUUAUUAAUACCUAUUCAUCUAUGAUUUAGAAGAUAAUCUCAAAUUUAGUUUGUCAUUCUUCUAAGAGUAUUUAUCAAACUAACAAGAUCACUAAAUUUAACAAAUCAAAUAGUAAGAAGAACUACUGCCAACAAUGAAGACACAAUUUUAUUAAAAUUAUUUUAAAGAUUUUUAAUUCACUAACAUAAUAGCCCCAUUUUUUUAGGUGAAGAAAGAAGAAUAAGAAUAACCUCAGAUUCAAUUGUUUUUUAUUCAUUUCAGUUUGGAUGGCUAUCAAUUUAAAAAUUACUAAAAUUCUAAUGAUGUGUCACAAAGUAAUUAAGAAUACAAAUGCUACAUAUUUGUGAAUUUCGAUACAACAUUUUAUUCUCAAGUAUAGUUAUAGAAUGGAGCCAGAGAAUUUGCGAAUAUUCAUAAUUUUAUCAUGUCAAAUAGUGAUAUCCAAUUUAUUAAUAUUAAAAACUAAGGAAACAACUUUUUGGAAGAAUACGUGAAAUACAUUGAAUCUGAAUUUUUCUUAUUAGAAACAUCAAUAGAGAAUCAAAUGAACUAUAUUUUUAAUGAGUUGCCAACAGAGCUGUCCAAAGUUCAGGUUAACAGCACUAUAAAUGACAAAUUCAUCAUCCCAUAAAAUGUUCAGAAUGUAAUGAAAUAGUUAUUUGGAGAAGUUAAAUGA